AUGCUCCAAGCAAAUUGCUCACCUUUGCUUUUAUUUGCUGCCGCGUUAUUGAUGGUGAGCUGUCACAGAGCUGAGGCCCAUCCAGGUACCAAAGACGAGAAUGUUUCCAUCAGUAACUCAACCAAUUACAGUCGUUUCGUGUACGGAAUUGCUGCAAAUGGGGUUGCUGUGUUUCUGUGUGGAAGCAGCUUUGUUCCUGUGAAAAGAAUAGAGACAGGAGAUGGGAUGUUCUUUCAGUGGGUAAACUCUGCAGCCAUUUGGGCUGUAUCAAUGGUUGGAGACUUGAUGCUUCACUCACCCAAAUUCUACCCUUUAGCAAUGCUGGGAGGUGUGACCUCGGCUACAGGAAACAUAGCAGUUGUUACUAUCAUUAAAGCGAUUGGACUCGGCCUCGGCACUCUAAUAUGGGGUUCCUUUAGUUUGCUGAUGGGCUGGGCCAGUUCUAGAUUUGGCUGGUUUGGGAUUGAUGCUCAGGAAGUUUCUUUGCCGAUAUUAAACUAUUGUGGAGCUGGCUUGUGUCUGCUCAGUGGUCUGAUCUUUUUCUUUGUGAAAGUGAACGUGGAGCUACAUCCCAAUGCCGAAUCAAUUCCAUUACUAAUCGACGGAAGAACAGAUUCAAGCAGCAAUGUACCAAGAUCCUCUGAAUUCUGGAUAGAUUCCAUUGGACCAAAGACCAGGCGAUUCAUUGGUUGCCUGCUUGCUGUCGUGGUGGGUCUGCUGUACGGUUCCACCUUUGUACCCAUCCUCUACAUUGAGAACCAUUCAUUGUGUCAGGACAGCAUGUACUAUGGAGCCAGUCGUUAUGACCUUGACUACAUUUACGCACAUAGCUGUGGCAGUUUUUUUACAAGCACAGUCUACUUUGCCAUCUAUUGUGCUGCCAUGAAGAGCAAGCCCAGAAUUUACUCAAGAGCCAUCCUACCAGGACUGUUGACUGGAUUGAUGAGGGCACUGGCCACAUACUUCUGGUUCCUGGCCAAUGACUACCUGAGCUCUGUAAUUACCUUUCCUAUUGUCACAGCGGGCUACGGUCUGGUUGCAGGACUGUGGGGAUCGUUGGUGUUCAGAGAGAUUAAGGGCUUAUCCAACUGCUUCAUCUUCUUCCUGGCGACAUGCGUGGUGCUGGCCGGCUCCAUAAUGACUGCCUUCUCAAAGCUCUAGAGAUGCAAAACGCUGUCAUGUAAAGACAUCAUGUAGUUGUCAUAUUUUCUGUCACUGAGAAAAUUGAAAAGUUUCCUUUUUAAAAAACUUUAGAGACCCUGUCUGAAAUACAAAAUCCACGGGAAGCUUAAUCUAAAGCUUGGUAAGCUUAGGUAAACGUGAACAUUUGGCGGCAGCGCCUCACAGGAACCUGUCGGAAUGCUUUCUAGUUGACGUGUCAAAGACGUUUGCUGUUGGACUGUGUGCUUGUCUUUUAAAAAAAAAUGUAUUUGUUUACGCUUUCUGUACUUGUCCUUUCAGCAGUUCAGUUGCUGCAAACAAAAAGGCACUUUAAAUGCAUUGCUCUUGAGCUAGUUGAAUUUAUAUUAAUCAGAUAUUACUUUGACAUUUGUUUGUAUUGUUGCAAUAUUUAAAAAAAUGUUUUCAAAUGAGCUUGUGUCCAGUGUAAAUAAACCCGUUUGUUCUGA